CUGUCUCUGCCGUGUGUUGGCUUUCUCACUGCUCUCACCGAGUUUAUGUGGUAACACCAUAGACAGUAUAGGGGAUGGAGUAAAGGAAGGAAGGCAUGGAUCCAAUUGAAGAGAAAACAAGCAAAACGGUCGACAUUUAUCGCGAUACAUGGGUCCGCUUCCUAGGCUAUGCCAAUGAAGUCGGGGAGGCUUUUCGUGCUCUGGUACCAGUGAGUUUGGUAUGGGGCAGCUAUGCUGUGGCCUCUGUGUACGUUACUGCUGAUGCUGUGGACAAAGGGAAGAAAGCAGCUCUGGCCCACGGGGACAACCCAGGGAAGACAACACGAGUAGCGGUGGCAGUGGUGGACACGUUUGUGUGGCAGGCCCUCGCCUCUGUGAUCAUCCCGGGCUUCACCAUUAACCGUGUAUGUGCUGCGUCACUACACCUGCUGGGCAGAACCACCAAGUGGCCCCUGCCUGUCCGCAAGUGGACCACAACAGCUAUAGGCCUCUCUACAAUCCCCUUCAUUAUUUCUCCUAUAGACAGGUCAGUGGAUUUCCUGCUUGACUCAAGCCUUCGGAAGGUCUACAAUGAGGAAGAGAAGCACAAAUAAGGACGCAUCGUGCAGAACAAAUGGCCCCCUCCUGGGUAGAGACCAGUUCAGUCUACGUCGACCUGUGCUGGUUAUCCACCACUGUGAAGCACUAGUGUGAAGAAGAAUUUCAUGGGGCAGACUCCACAGUUAUUCAAAUAUAUAAACAAAAAAAUUAUUUCAGAAUUCUAACAUUUAUAUAAGUAAGUGAAGUUGUUCCUGCUUCAUGAAAUAUCCCCUUGGGGAUCCUUAAUUUCAACCUCUUAGGGCAAUCUGGAUAGUGACACCAACAUUUUUUUAAAACAGGAAUGUAACAGUAUGAAAUAUUUAUAAAUAUUCAGUGAGAUCCUGCUUCUUGAGCUUACCUCAUGUCCACAUGUCAAGGAGAUUAAAUAAAAAUCCACACUUGAUGUGUUUAUUAGCCACAGUGGUACUGUUAUUGCAAGCCAAAAAAGCCAGUUUGCCAUGAUGUCCCUCUUAUUCAUUACAUACUUAAAGUUAGUCUUGGACUGGUUUUAGUUUUUUUCUGAAAACAAAGUAUACUGCUACUUUGACUAGUCCUCUGAUGGACUUUUUCAUUGUUUCAUAUUACUUUACUGUUGUUCAAGGUUUGCACUGGGAGUAUUUUUUACACAACGGUUACAAUAUAUAUUAUUCUAAAUGGUAUAAGGUUCUUUUAAACUAAGAAUACUUGUAGUACCAUCAAAUAGAUCUUCACAAGUAUUUGAAUUAUUUCUCACCAAUAUCUUAACUGUAUUCUUGAGAUACAAUACCGUAACUUCUUCUGAAAAGCUUUUAUUUUUGGGUGUACAAUUUAAACAGGAUUUACAUCCGGAGAUUCCCAUCUAGUACAUGUACAUUCAAUUUAGUGUUGAAUAAAUACUUGUGGAGGUCAGUGUCAUACCUAUGCAGAAACGGGUUCUUUUACAGAUACUGUACAUCUGUAUAAUUUCUUAUGCAUUUCUUUGAGGAGCCAAGUCAUAUAUUGUACUUAUAUAAUCACGUCAUUAUUCUGAUGAGAUUACAUUUCACUGGGAUUGUACCUCAUACAAUACAGAUUCAUUGAUUGAUAUACUGUAUCUCAUGCUGAACUAUGCAAGGGAAACUCGGGAAUGUGUACAUUCGCAAAUGACAGGGAUUGUUCUCCUGCUGUUGUGAAAUAAGAAGGGAAAUCUGAUACAAAAUUUAGCUUGAAAUUAGACAGAGGAACAUGCUGUAUUGGUAAUGGUUAUCAUUGCCAAUUUUUCUGCCAGCAUAUAUAUAUACAGUUUACCUUUCUAGCAAUAACUUUUGUUUAAUGUGUCAGUCCAUAUUCUUUGUGGUUCACUUUGUCAUGGAGUUAUGCUGAAAGACAAGCUUGUUAAAACUUGGGGUGCACCAAUUAUGUUUUUACUUGUACUUAUGUUUUAUACUUACUUUUACUUAUACUUAUGUUUUUAUGAUACAACCAGAUCAUGUCAAAGUACACAAUGUUUUUUUGUUGGCAUUUUAAAAGAUUGAAAAACAUGUGCUCAAGGCUCCAGUGUGUGCAUUGUGGGAUGUUUUCAUUCACUUAAGCACAAAGCUUACUUUUACCUUGGGUAUGGGUCCAAAAUGUUCUUUUUCGUCCAUCAGCCAAAUGGCUAGUGAAUGUUAAAAUUUUACCAGUCACUCAAUAGAUUACCAUUGUUUUUGGGCUGAGUGAAGCAAAUCUACCAGCCACUUGCAUAUUUAUGUAGUAGGUGAUGGUUAGCUAGUAGGUGAUGGUGCUAAUUUUGGAUGCUGGGUAUGGAUCUUUUUAAUGUCAGGCAAUUUGACUUUUCAUAGCAGGGAAAGUACAAGUGUAAGUAAGGCCCAUACUUUCUUUAAGUGUCCCAGUAAGCCAGUGAUUAAGUGUGCAUUGUAACAUGGCCCUGGAACGGGGCUUUAAUAAGCAUAUUGGUGCACCCCUUGUGAAAAUCUAUUCAUAUUCAGUUUUACCAUUUCAGAUUGUACACAGAACGUCUUUUUAUUUUUAUUGUUGCAUGCUCCAAAUAAAAAGGAACGGUUUACUUUU